AUGGUAAGAACGCUGGGUACACAUAAAGCACUCCUCAUACUAAUAGUGGGGAUUUUAACAUUCCUACACCUGUCUCAAGGUCAAGAGCUCUCGAAUGCCCAGAUUGAAACCAUCAGCGAACGCCUAAGGGAGAGUGCACAGGCAAGCUGGGAAAUCGGCACGAGAGCACAAGCUAUCCUGGAGCUCAAUGCAACGACAUAUUCCGUCUUCUCUGGAUCUUCAUUACCACCACCCUCGACAGUUCCGGACGAUGUGGCAGGAGCCAUGCAGCCCCUGUUCGACAUCGCUAGAGGCAUACUGGAGGGUCUCAACCCCUCUCAGGAUAAUCCACAACCAUUGAUGCAAGACGGUUCCGCGGCGGACCCAGCCGCGAAUGGGAUCACAAUCCUCCUGGCCAACUGGACCCAACAGGACGAUGGAAACGGGACGUACGCCAAAGCAGCUCAGAAUCAGCUAGCCUACCUCUACAGCGACGCUGUCCCCAAAACUGGUGACGGCGCCAUCUCCCACCGUGUCGACCAGCUUCAGCUCUGGAGCGACUUCGUUUAUAUGGUUCCUCCAUUCCUGGCAUACUACGGGGUGACGACUUCGAACAGAACGCUGUUGACUGAAGCAUUUAAUCAAGUAAGACUGUACAGGAGUUACCUGCGGGACAAUGAGACUGGGAUGUGGAGACAUAUUCUGUUGGGAGAAUCUGGAAAUGACGAAGGAUACUGGACAACAGGGAAUGGAUGGGCCGCAGCUGGGAUGCUUCGGGUACACGCAACGAUGCAGAACUCGCAAUAUUCUAAUUCACUGCAAGAAGAACAAUUCGCUUUAGCUUCCUGGGUGGCAGAGAUUCACGAAGCGAUUUACCCUCACCUGGCGAAGGAUAUCUUCACCAACUACGCCGACCAACCCGCGUCAUCUCCAGGAAACUUCCACGAUGCGGCCUCAACCGCGCUCUUAGCCGCCACGGUCUAUCGGGCGAGCGCACACCUGCACCAACACACGCACAUUCCAUCUGCUGAACGGUCGAGAAGACGGCUCUUCUCCGUCGACGCAGGCGGACGAGACGCAAACUUCAGUUCCUUGGAAGGAUACAACCACUUCUCCCCGGAUGGGUGGCUGACACCCGUGGUCAACCCCCAUCAAUACGGGGAAGAGGGUAGUCAGAGCGCGGAAGGCCAGGCGUUUGUACUGAUGCUUCAUGCAGCUUACAACGAGUGGAAAGAAGAUGGCAGACAGGGAAGCGACUGCAGCUGGGACAUGGACAACUAUCUGCACAAGCGUCCGCCUAUGUAA